AUGGCACAGACUAGGGAAGAAGCAGGGGAUAACCAGCUAGUAUCUGGCCGGGAACCAGCAUCGCGCAUCAUCAGAGUAUCUGUCAAGACUCCACAGGACUGUCAGGAAUUUAUAGUGGCAGAGAAUAGCAGUGUUUGCUACUUCAAGAAGCAAAUCUCAAAACGCUUUCACUGUAACACAGAACGACUGGUGCUCAUUUUCACUGGAAAGAUCCUUCGAGAUCAUGACAUACUGAGUCAACGUGGCAUCCUCGAUGGCAGUACUGUCCAUUUAGUUGUGAGGACGCAUGCGAAAGGGCCAACUGGUCUCAGAACUCUGCCAGGUCUUCCAGGCCACUGCACCAAUCACUCUGGACCAUCAGCCUCUGGAAAGACGAGGAUGUCAGGCAGACUGGGCCAGAUGGCCCGGAGCUCGCCAGAGCUGGCUGUUUUCCUUGGCCAGCUGACUCAACUCUUGAAAGCUUCAACUGAAUCUGGAGCGCAGUCCUUGGAAGGUCCUCUGCUUCAAGGUUUGGAUAUUGAGAAACCACCAAAUGUCAGCCAUGGUCCUGAAACCUCCAGGCCAGUACAGAAACCCGAGUCAGCUCCCAAGGCUCUAGAAAUGCUUCAAGGCCUGAUACAACGGCCAGAAACCCUGCAGGCAGAAAAACCGGGACUGGAGGCCUCAAGGACAGUACCAGACAGGGACAAGGCUACCCGACCGGUCUGCUCUGACACCCCGCACCUCCUGCUCUCCCUUCUGGCUCCUCUGGUUGCUUCCAAAGGCCACAGCCAAGAUACUGAGCCCUGGAGAGGUGAGGCUCAGAGCAGUAGUGACAUCACUCCAGUCACCUGCACCACCUCUGCACCUUCCAGGCCACUGACUCAUGAGGAGGGUAUAGGAAUAGUUGCUCAGGCCAAGGACGUGAUCUCAGACACAGCCAAUCCAGGGUACAGAACCAACGUGUUGGACUUACACUCAGGUCAGGAUUUUCCUUCCCAGGAGAGCCAUCAGCCCACAGGAAAACCCACUCUAACUGGUCAGUUCAGACCCUCCCCCUCCGCCUUGCGUAGAGCCUUGCAUGUCCUACAGCAGAACCCAUCUCUGCUCCAUCAACUGGCGACGGACAGCCCUCUGCAACAUCAUAUACCACUGCUUCCCAUCCUCACCAACCCACGAGCACUGCAGGCAUUGCUACUAAUAGAACAGGGCCUCCAGAUGCUCUCUAGAGAGGUGCCUGAAUUGGCACCUUGUUUAUGGAACCCAAGCAGACGACGUGGCACUGGAGGCACAACUGAACCUAAGGGCGAAGGACAGGGUCAUAAAGCUGGACAGCCUGCCGUGUCUGUUCUUCAUGUUCUCCACACACUAGCCAAUGCCUGCUCCCCGUGUACCCAGUCCUCACCCUCAAGCUCCCUCACUGAAGGCCACUACCAGCAAGAACUGGAGCAGCUGAAGGCCAUGGGUUUUACUAACGGCAAUGCCAACCUGCAGGCCCUGAUAGCCACAGGCGGAGACAUCUACGCUGCUAUUGAGAGGCUCUUGGGGACUGCUACAGGCUUAGUUAGGUCCCUCCUGCUGAUGUUCAUGGAGAAUAAUUACUGA